AUGUCUGGUGUCAAGCGCUACCCACCAAAACGACUCAUCGUGUGCUGCGAUGGCACAUGGCAGGAUUCGCUGGCCGACAAGGCACAACCGCCGUCAAACGUCACUCGCUUUAGCAGAGCGCUGAGCCGCGCCGCUGUCGUCGAAGGCGAGGACGGACAAAAACGCGAGAUCCCCCAGAUCGUCUACUACCAGAAAGGCGUGGGAACCAGUCUCGGAGACAAAUUCUGGGGCGGUGUGGCCGGGCUGGGCGUCAGCGCCAACGUCCGAGCCGCCUACGGCUUCCUGGUCGACAACUACAGCGAAGGCGACAAGAUCUAUUUCUUUGGCUUCUCACGCGGCGCGUACACGGCGCGCGCGGUGGCCGGGCUCGUCUGCCAAUGGGGUCUGCUGACCUCGCGCGGCAUGGACAACUUUGCGCUUGUGUAUGAUGAUUUCUACAACCACAAAAUCAAGGGGUACAACGAGGAACAGCGCAAGCAGAUGGGGUUCCGCGAUCCCUUGCCGCCAUUCACGGUCGAGAUCAUCGGAGUGUGGGACACGGUUGGGUUCCAGAAGGCGUGGCUGGGCCGGGACUCGGGCGAGAAGCUGGAGCUGCGGAAUACGGUGCUGCAUCCGAAUGUGCGGUGUGCGUUCCAUGCGCUGUCCCUGGACGAGGAGCGAACGGCGUUCCAGCCGAUUGUGUGGCAUAUCCCGCACAGGAACGAGGGACAGGAGUUGCUGCAGGUGUGGUUUUCUGGAGUUCACACGGAUGUCGGGGGUGGAGGCGAGAAUCCCCGCCUGUCGAACAUCACCCUGGCGUGGAUGAUCGCGCAGUGCAUGAAGCAUGGGCAGCUGAGCUUUGACAUUGACUAUUAUCUAUUCGAUCAUCCGCCGCGUGCGGAGGAGAGCGAGAUGACUCCUUGGGCGACGAGUCUGGGGAAAGUCGAUAGCAGCAGUAUUCUGCGAACCUUGCAGGGUAUACUGGGAGGGACAUCCACUCGUAGACCGCUGGGGUAUAACCCGGCAGGCCACGAGUCCGAUAUCACGAACGAAUUCAUUCAUGAAUCUGUCCGGGAUCGCAAUCUCGCCAAGUGGCCUUGCGCCGCGCUCAAGGGACGCCGCGACGAGCAGAGUUGGAAUCUAGCGAGUGGCAAGCAGAUCUCUGAGGUCCCUGUGCUGCAGAUGGAAAAUUAUAUGAAGGGUCGCAUUCGGAAGGUGCAUGUCGACAAAGAGGAUUAA